AUGUUGCCAGCACACGGUAAAUGGGGAAGCGAGAGAGGAUGGGGCUAUUGUUCGGUAAAUAAAUGGGCAAUUGGCUUUGCACAAAAGGUUGAAGCAAAUCGCGCACGAGCAGAUGAUACGGCAAUGAAUUCACUCAAACUAGUAUGUGCGAGCUUCGACGGAUCAGCCAAAGAACAUGUGGUAUCUGUUGAAGGGCAUUGGGGAGAUUGGGGUGAUUUUGUUUAUUGUCCUGGUGAUAGCGGUAACUUUUUAUCUGGAGCUGAAUUCAAAAUUGAGAAACCUCAGGGAGCCGGUAUAGGUGCUCAAGAUGAUACUGCGGCAAAUGAUGUUCGUUUCAAUUGUUCGAAAUCCACAACCACGUUGACUGCUACCAACGGUGAAAAAUGGGGGACGUGGAGAGGAAUGGUGACAUGCCCCAUUAAUGCGGCCAUCUGCGGAUUCUCGUUGAUCUGGGAGGAUAAUCAACACGGUCUGGAUGAUACAGCAGCAAAUGGAGCUAAAUUCCAGUGUUGUUGGAUAAGUAUGCUGAUUCUGUCAGACUUAUAG